GGGGUCCGGGCUGGCGGCCACUCGGCGGCCACGGCGCGAUGGAGUCGCCGGUCGAGCUGCUGGCCGCGCUACCCGCUCUGGUCACGGCGCUAGCGCUGCUGCUCGCCUGGCUGCUGCUGCGGCGUGGAGCGGCCCGGGCCCCGGUCCCGGAGAGCACCGCCUCGGCCGAGGCCCCCGGGGCUCCUGCGCCGCCUGAGCCUCCAGAGUCCUGCGCCCCGGAGCCCGCCCCGGAGGGACCGUGCCAGUCCGAGCGCGUGGCGGAACCAGAGGAGUCCGAGGCGGAGGAGCCAGCGGCCGAGGGGAGGCAGGAUGAAGACUCAGACAGUGAGAUGGGGCCACCCACUGAAGAACCUGAGGAAGAAGAUGGAGAAGCCUUCUCCUUUAAGUACAGCCCUGGGCAGCUGCGAGGAAGCCAAUACAAGAAGAUGAUGACCAAAGAAGAACUGGAGGAGGAACAGAGGAUUGAGCUGACCUCUGACCUCACCUCCCUGUAGCGAGUCCCCUAGUCCCGGGCCACAAAUGUUCUUGCAAACCCUUGUGAACUGAAGAAUAAUGAAGGUGUCCUUAGCCUCUACCUGAAAGCUUUCCUUCCUUUUGACAUCCUAAAAGCUUGAGAGAUUAAAAAAAAAAAAAAACAAACAAAAACAACCCUCCCCAGGGAGGAGCCAAUGCAGGCUGGGGUGGGGGAGGGUUGCACGUUGGCUGCUCCCUCCUUGGGCUCCCCUGGGCUAGCAAGAUCCUGGGAAUGGCCUUAUCUUUGUCCUCCUCAGAGAAGGAAGCUCCUCAGGCGUUGGGCUUUUCUUACCAGCCAUGUUUGCUCCCCACACAGCCUUUGUGCCCCCCCCCCACAUACACACCCUGUUCCCACAAUCCCUCUGUGUUUUUGUUCUCACUGAAGCCAAACCACCAGAUUUGAGAAGUAGCAGACAAAGGAAAUGAAGCCCACUGGUACUCGCUUGUGGUCAGGGGUGGCCACCCCCACCCACACACCUAUGUGGGGCUGGAGCACUUUCCUCUCUGCCCGGAAUGAUUCAUGCCAGGUAUUAGCUUUACUAGGGCCUCCUCCCUUUGUGCUCCCACCCACACCGCAGGAGUCUCUGGUCCAACCCUUUCAGUACUAAGAAGCCUUCCCAGUAGCGUUCUUCCCAGCUCAGCCCAGUGUCCACUUAUGCUUGCAGAAGCAAUGACAGUGUUAGCUUCUAGGAGACCUAUGGAUUGUGCAUUUUCUAGAUGACUUAGAGCCUCAGCAGGUAAUCACUCACCGUUCCCAGGUUAGGUUUUUUUUUUAGAAUUUUACAUUUGACAGUAUUUAUACCAAAUGACUUGGAAGUCAUAGACUUGUCGGUGAACACAUUUUUUUCUAAAGCACUAGGUUUUUUUUUUUUUUUUAGAAGACUCUCUAUUUAACAGAAGCCUGGAAAAUGUCCAGCAUCAACUCCUAAGCCGUGUAUUCCCCUGCGGUCUCCUCCCUGAUAACUCGGGUUUGGGGCUUAGGGCUGAACAGACGACAAAGCAGCUGCACACACAACACACUGUGCACACACACUCACACACUGUGCUCACACACACUGCCUUAGCUAGACACAGAGCCACAUGACCAGCAGUCACACUCACCUGUCCCUAAACAGCAAUAGCCAAGUCCCUGCCUAUGCCGGGAUCUCCUCCACAUAGAAUAGCGACUUCCUCUGUAUAUGGUUGGCUAGGCUUGUGUGGAACCUGAGCAUGGCUUGUGGGCAUCAAGGCCCUGGCACUGCUGGCAGCUUGGCUCUCUGUGUUCAGGCCAAUAAACAUGAGUAGAGAACCUUGGUUACUGUGUGUUUCUUCAGUUUGCUUUUUUUCUUUUUCUUUUCUUUUUAAAUCUUUAGAAUCAAU